UUUUAUAUUUGGAAAAUGGCACAGAUGUACGUGCUAUUCGAACAUGCGGCCGGGUAUGCAUUAUUUCGCGUCAAAGAAUUUGAAGACGCUGGAACUUUCUUGCCCCAAGUCGAGCAGUCGGUCACGGAUUUGAGUCGCUUCAAUGGAGUCGUUAAAUUGGUUUCGUUUGCUCCUUUCAAGUCUGCUGCACAUGCUCUUGACAAUAUUAAUUCAAUUUCUGAAGGUGUGCUAUCUGAAGAUCUCAACCUCUUCCUUGAAACUAACUUACCAAAGCCAGAAAAAAAGGGCAAGAAGGAUACCUUUGUAUUGGGAGUAAGUGAACCGAAGCUGGGUGCGUCUAUUUCAGAAAUUUUGGGUAUUCCAUGCCAACAUGCAGGUGUUAUUCCUGAAAUUGUCCGUGGUAUCAGACUGCACUUUGCACACUUAGUGAAAGGAUUUACUGUCCAAACUUCUGGAGUUGCCCAGUUAGGUUUGGGCCACAGCUAUUCCAGAGCAAAGGUCAAGUUUAAUGUCCACAGAGUAGACAACAUGAUCAUUCAAAGCAUUGCAUUGCUGGACCAAUUGGACAAAGAUAUCAACACAUUUUCUAUGCGGAUCAGGGAAUGGUACUCGUAUCAUUUCCCAGAACUUAUCAAGGUUGUUCCAGACAACUACUUGUUUGCCAAGUGCGCCCAGUUCAUAAAAAAUCGUAAGGAGCUGUCAGAAGAAUCUUUACCUCAGCUGACUGAAAUUGUCAAUGAUGCUGGCAUUGCUCAAUCAGUUUUGGAUGCGUCACGCUCGUCAAUGGGAAUGGAUAUUUCCCCGGUCGACCUAAUCAAUAUCGAACGCUUUGCUAAGCGUGUGGUUGCGCUAGCCGAAUAUCGUAAAGAACUGCAGGAGUACCUGAGAUCAAAGAUGCAUAACAUAGCACCCAACUUGUCAGCACUCAUUGGCGAGCAAGUUGGUGCUCGUUUGAUUUCGCACGCCGGUUCCCUUACAAGUUUGGCCAAAUAUCCGGCUUCAACGGUCCAAAUUCUUGGAGCCGAAAAAGCCUUGUUUAGAGCAUUGAAGACCAAAGGCAACACACCGAAAUAUGGAUUGAUUUAUCAUUCAACCUUCAUCGGUCGCGCGGGUUUGAAGAAUAAGGGACGCAUUUCCCGCUACCUCGCCAACAAAUGUUCUAUUGCAUCGAGAAUUGAUUGUUUUUCAGAGGAAACGUGUGAUGUAUUUGGAUUGAAACUCCGUGAGCAAGUAGAAGACCGGCUGAAAUUCUAUGAAUCUGGAGACAUUCCCCGGAAAAAUGUGGAUGUCAUGCAAGAAGCCUUAGCUGAAGCCAAAACUGUAUUGGCAUCCUUGAAGAAGAAGAAGAAGAAAAAGAAGAAGAGUAUCACACCAUCGGCAGAUGAUACAAUGGAUGGUAAUGCUGACGCUACUCUUCCGUCUGACGGCGAAGGCAAGAAGAAGAAGAAAAAGAAAAGUAUCACUCCAGCAGCCGAUGAAUCCAUGAACAACUCAAUGUCGGUGAAUGGAGACGAGAAAAAGAAGUCUCAGGAUGAGAACGGAAACAGUAAUGUAACACUAGAUGAAUCUAUUGGUUUGGAUAACAGCGUAAACGGAAGUAAGAAGAAGAAGAACAAGAACAGAGAAGCAGACAGUACAUUGGAUCAAUCGGCAAUUGAGCAAGAUGGAGCCACACCGGCCAAAAAAUCAAAGAAAAAAAAGAACGCUGCCUAAAGAAUGCUAUUCGUGUUCUCGGUAUUUCCUCAGAAUCGGUUGACCUUGUGAAAUAGCCCAAUUUUUUUAGUUUUUGUAAGGUGUCGCAUUCAAUACAACUGGGCAGAGGUCA